GCCACUAGUUUGUCAAUCUAUGAGUUAUCAAAAAAAAGUAAAACUACAUAAUGUGUAUGCUCAAAUUUGUUGUAAGUGAUGACUAGCUUUCGAGAAAUGCGAUUCGAUGAUUUGUUCAAAAUUAAUUCCUUGGUUUUCGAUGCUCUCACCGAAGUUUACAGCCUGACCUUCUUUGUGAAGCACCUCUCGCAGUUUCCAGGACUUUCCCAGGUGGCCGAAGCUCCAGGUCCCGAUGGCAGACUCAUGGGCUAUAUAUUCGGCCAGUAUCAGCUGAAGAAAACCCAAGAACCCUAUGGUCAUGUGGCAGCACUGACUGUGUCACCCGAGUAUCGACGUCUUGGACUGGCCACAGCUCUCAUGGAUUAUUUCUUUACGGUCUCAGACCUCAAAGGAGCUUCCUACGUAAACCUCUUUAUGCGGACCAGCAAUCAGGCUGCCUAUCAAUUGUAUACCUCCAUGGGCUACGCUCAUCGGCAAACCAUCGCGGACUAUUAUCCGGAAAGUGCCUACGAAUUGAGAAAGUACGUUCCCCGCCAUAUGGAGGUUCAAUAAGCAGCACAAUCGGGGUGCCUUCAGAAUAAAUUAAAUGUUUUUUUUUAGAUUACAUAGCUAAUUAAAGAA